ACAGCCGCUCCCAUUCCCGCUGCCCUGGCCGCGGCUCCGAGGCUCUCUCCACCUGGGAGGGGCGCACAGGUCCGACCUUGCCCGUCGCCGUGGGAUGGGCCUGGCGGCCUUGGCCCAGGCGGAGGAAAGGGGCCUGUGAGCCCAGCGUCCAUGAGCUGUCCCCGUGACCCCACCGCAGUGCCCUCUCGUCCGCGGCGGCAUGUGAGGAUGGGGCGUUCUAGGUCAAAAAGGAAAAUGAAGUACAUUCUAGUUACUGGUGGUGUUAUAUCAGGAAUUGGAAAAGGAGUCAUUGCCAGCAGUGUGGGUACCAUACUGAAGUCAUGUGGCUUACAUGUGACUUCAAUUAAAGUUGACCCAUACAUUAACAUUGAUGCAGGAACAUUCUCUCCUUACGAGCAUGGUGAAGUGUUUGUUCUGGAUGAUGGCGGGGAAGUUGACCUUGACCUGGGGAACUAUGAGCGGUUCCUUGACAUCCGCCUCACCAAGGACAACAAUCUCACCACUGGGAAGAUCUACCAGCACGUCAUAAACAAGGAACGCAAAGGAGAUUACUUGGGGAAAACUGUCCAGGUUGUCCCUCACAUCACAGAUGCCAUCCAGGAAUGGGUGAUGAAACAGGCGUUAAUACCUGUAGAUGAAGAUGGCCUAGAACCUCAAGUGUGUGUCAUCGAGCUUGGUGGGACAGUAGGAGAUAUCGAAAGCAUGCCCUUCAUUGAGGCCUUCCGGCAGUUCCAGUUCAAGGUCAAAAAGGAGAAUUUUUGUAAUAUCCACGUCAGUCUAGUUCCUCAGCCAAGUUCAACAGGGGAACAGAAGACAAAACCCACCCAAAACAGUGUUCGGGAACUUAGAGGGCUUGGGCUUUCCCCAGACUUGGUUGUGUGCAGGUGCUCAAAUCCCCUGGACACAUCUGUGAAAGAGAAAAUAUCAAUGUUCUGCCACGUGGAACCUGAACAAGUAAUCUGUGUUCAUGAUGUCUCAACUAUCUACCGAGUCCCCUUGAUGUUAGAAGAGCAAGGAGUUGUAGAUUAUUUUCUUCGAAGACUUGACCUUCCUGUUGAGAGGCAGCCACGAAAAAUGCUGAUGAAGUGGAAAGAGAUGGCAGACAGAUAUGAUCGAUUGCUAGAGACGUGUUCUAUUGCCCUUGUGGGGAAAUACACCAAAUUCUCAGAUUCAUAUGCCUCAGUCAUUAAAGCUCUGGAGCAUUCUGCAUUGGCGAUCAACCACAAAUUGGAAAUUAAGUACAUAGAUUCCACAGAUCUGGAGCCAAGCACCAUGCAGGAGGAGCCCGUGCGCUACCAUGAGGCCUGGCAAAAGCUCUGUAGUGCUCAUGGAGUAUUGGUUCCAGGAGGGUUUGGUGUUCGAGGAACCGAAGGAAAAAUCCAAGCAAUUUCCUGGGCGCGGAAACAGAAAAAGCCUUUUCUGGGUGUGUGCUUAGGAAUGCAGUUGGCAGUGGUUGAAUUUUCAAGACAUGUGCUGGGAUGGCAAGAUGCCAAUUCUACAGAGUUUGACCCUAAGACCAGUCAUCCCGUGGUCAUAGAGAUGCCAGAACACAACCCUGGGCAGAUGGGCGGAACCAUGAGGCUGGGCAAACGGAGAACCCUGUUCCAGACCAAGAACUCGGUUAUGAGGAAACUCUAUGGAGAUGUAGACUACUUGGAAGAGAGGCAUCGCCAUAGAUUUGAGGUAAAUCCAGUCUUGAAAAAGUGCCUGGAAGAGCAAGGCUUGAAAUUCGUUGGCCAGGAUGUUGAAGGCGAGAGGAUGGAGAUUGUGGAGUUGGAAGAUCACCCUUUCUUUGUUGGGGUUCAGUACCACCCUGAGUUCCUCUCCAGGCCUAUCAAGCCCUCUCCACCCUACCUUGGCCUCCUCCUGGCCUCCGUGGGGCAGCUUCCACAUUACCUCCAGAAAGGCUGCAGGCUCUCACCCAGGGACACCUACAGUGACAGAAGUGGGAGCAGCUCCCCUGACUCUGAAAUCACUGAACUGAAGUUUCCAUCAGUAAAUCACGACUGAUCUGGUGGGAAGGUUGGAGCACCCUGUGUGGACAUCAGGCAUCCCAUGAGGGGAGCAGUUUCCAGGUAGCCGUCUGGCUGUUCAGAACUAAGAGAGGAGCGUUUCUUGUUGAUAGGAACCGGAGUUCUUCAGUGGGGCUUUCCACCUCGGUUCUCACAUGUCCAGGAAGAUGGAAAGCAUCAUGGGCACUGAGUGUGCUGCUUGACCGGGAGCAAGGCAAAGGAGGAAGUGCAGAUUGCCUUGCGCAAAGGUCCCUCCUCUGCUGCAGCUGGAUGUGGGCAACUCACAAACAUAACCAAGAGUGGCUGACCGAGGACUUUUUCCCUGCUUAGCCUCCAGAGUACAGGCCCAGCAGCUCAAGGCUACGUGGCACCCAGUCAACCUCUGGAAACAUCUGGAUUCUGUUGAGUCAUGAGUCAGGACUCAGGCCUCAGGCCUCAGGCCAAGCUGCUUAGCAAUGGCAAAGCCUUCACCCGCUGAAAUUUGAUAUGGGGUAUCUCAUAUGGGGCCAUAUAUAAAGGGUAUCCCACCAGCUAGUGCAGCUUCUGCCUCAGAAGGACCCAGAGAACUAGGUUGCCUUUUGGCCUUCCAUUCACUGGUCCAAGGCCACCACUGCCCUUAGAGCCAGGAAACCCAUCUUCCGGCAUCAGGACCGAGAGCAAGCUGCCUUUGUGCACUUCUCACAGGCUGAGCUGAAACAUCCUCACUUCCACACAGCUCUGCAAACUCACCGUGGGGAUGUGACACAGCAUGACUCUGUCUCCCACCCAUAGCCCCAGCGUUUCUCAUGCUGAGGGAGAGGUGUGCCCCCGGGUGGUUUAGAAGAGCCUCCUGCAGUCAGGUUCCUAUCCCUACGAAGAUAACCUCAACUGACCAGUUGCUGAGCACUGGCUACCUUCAAAACCAUUCUGAGGAAAGGAACCCAUGUGGCUCUCCAGGGCUUCACAGAGUCCAACCAACCCCAUAGUGCUGUACACAGGACUAUAGCAGGAACAAGGGCCAAAGCCAGGUGACACAGAGUAGUCUUAGGACUUCUCCCUGGUGGGAGUAAACCCAGAGCAUCCCUCUUGGCUCCUCCCUUGGAUGGAGGCGAUCAGACAGCUCAUUCUGAGCAGUCCAGAGUAACUUCGCUCACUCUGACUUCACUCUGCUAUAUCCCAGAAACCAUCUAGGUCCCAGGAAG